CCUAACGGUGGUGGUACCAGCAACUGAAGCGGUUUCGCUGGGGUUGGCAAGCUCGGCGGUUACAGGUCCCGCGACGGUGUCUGUGAGCGACCCUGGCCACGGGCAGAGGCGAGGGGCUCACGACCAAGGCACUUGGCAAUGGUGGGCGUCCCUGGAGCGGCCGCCUUCCAGCUUGGUCCUGAGAAAAGGGUGCCAGCAAUGCCUGGAUCGCCUGUGGAAGUGAAGAUACAGUCAAGAUCCUCACCUCCCACCAUGCCACCCCUUCCACCAAUAAAUUCUGGAGGACCCAGGCCAGUGUCAUUUACUCCUACAGCAUUAAGCAAUGGAACCAACCAUUCUCCUCCUACCCUGAAUGGUGCCCCAUCACCACCACAGCGAUUCAGCAAUGGUCCUGCCUCUUCCACGUCAUCUGCACUAACAAAUCAACAAUUGCCAGCUACUUGUGGUGCUCGGCAGCUCAGCAAGUUAAAACGCUUCCUCACCACUCUGCAACAGUUUGGCAAUGACAUCUCACCUGAGAUUGGGGAGAAAGUGCGGACUCUUGUUCUAGCGCUGGUGAACUCAACAGUAACAAUUGAAGAAUUCCAUUGCAAGCUCCAAGAAGCUACAAACUUUCCUCUUCGUCCUUUUGUGAUUCCAUUCCUCAAGGCCAACCUGCCCCUGCUGCAGCGAGAACUGCUGCACUGUGCACGGGCCGCCAAGCAGACCCCAUCCCAGUACCUGGCUCAGCACGAACACCUUCUGCUCAACACAAGUAUCGCCUCACCUGCUGACUCCUCUGAGCUGCUCAUGGAAGUGCAUGGAAAUGGCAAGAGGCCCAGUCCAGAAAGGAGGGAAGAAAGCAGUUUUGAAAGAGAUCCAAUUCCUCCGGAGCCUCCCGCCAAGAGAGUGUGCACAAUCAGCCCUGCUCCUCGGCACAGUCCUGCCCUCACUGUGCCCCUUAUCAAUCCCGGGGGCCAGUUCCACCCCACACCUCCACCUCUUCAGCACUACACCUUAGAGGAUAUCGCAACUUCCCACCUGUAUCGAGAACCCAACAAGAUGCUAGAACACCGAGAAGUUCGUGAUAGACACCACAAUCUUAGUCUAAAUGGAGGCUAUCAAGAUGAGUUGGUAGACCACCGUUUGACAGAAAGGGAAUGGGCUGAUGAAUGGAAACAUCUUGAUCAUGCCCUGAACUGCAUCAUGGAAAUGGUAGAGAAGACGAGGCGCUCCAUGGCAGUUCUGCGGCGCUGCCAGGAAUCAGAUCGUGAGGAACUCAACUACUGGAAAAGACGAUACAAUGAAAACACAGAGAUGAGGAAGACAGGGAGCGAACUGGCCUCCAGGCAGCACAGUCCUGGGAGCGCAGACUCUCUCAGCAAUGAGUCACAGCGGGAAUUCAGCAGCAGGCCAGCGGCAGGAUAUGUGCCCGUGGAGUUUUGGAAGAAAACUGAAGAAGCUGUGAAUAAGGUGAAAAUUCAGGCCAUGUCAGAAGUACAGAAAGCCGUCGCCGAGGCAGAGCAAAAAGCCUUUGAAGUGAUUGCAACAGAGAGAGCUCGGAUGGAGCAAACCAUAGCUGACGUCAAACGGCAGGCCGCGGAGGACGCCUUCCUCGUCAUAAACGAGCAGGAGGAGUCCACGGAGAACUGCUGGAACUGUGGCCGCAAAGCCAGCGAGACCUGCAGCGGCUGCAACAUCGCACGGUACUGCGGCUCCUUCUGCCAGCAUAAGGACUGGGAGCGGCACCACCGCCUCUGUGGCCAGAACCUGCAUGGCCAGAGCCCUCACGGCCAGAGCCGGCCGCUGCUUCCUGGGGGGAGGUCGGCCAGGUCUGCCGAUUGCAGCGUUCCGAGCCCCGCCCUGGACAAGACCUCAGCAACCACCUCGCGUUCCUCAACGCCUGCCUCUGUGACAGCCAUUGACACCAAUGGACUCUGAGCCCCGGGCCCGCUUCCCCCUGAUGACCUCACAACACAAAGGCUGGCUGUUUGGACCAGCACAGGUAGCUGCUGGGUCAUCAGUAAGAAGUGAAGUGGAGGCGCAAACAGUCCCAGCCCGGCAAACACCGCGCCACAGCCUCUGCAGACAUUUGCCCAGUUUCCCAUCUGUGUUCUUGGGGCAGCUGGUGUGUGUUCUCUCUGCACACAGGCAGCUGGCAGAGUUGCCUCCUCCAGGGCUUUCUGGUUUGCUCCUCUCCCCCUGGAGCUGGCAUGGCCGGCCUCUUUUCAGUGUAGACCACCAGCUCCCCUCGCUGCCUCUUGGGGCAGCGGACUGUCCAAGGUGCCCAGCCAGGCUGGAGGCAGCUCGCCCCACACAGUCUCCUACCCCACUGUCCCCCCGAGAGGCCUGGAGGCUGACAGCAGGCCGUGGAGAGGUCCCCCUGACGGGGAUGGACCCUCAGACUCCCAGCAGCUCGGAUGAGCCCCAGUCCCGCCCUCAGCAGAUGCCACGGGACUUGGGGGAGCAAAGAGCGACACUCAGGACUCCCUGGACCCUGCUGUGCAGACUCUUUACGAUUCUCAGAAACCACAGGAAAGUCACCGUUUCAGUGAAAGUACCCAUAACAAUAAAAAAUGAAUGAAACUUCCACCAAGCAUCACAGAGAAUUUGGGGCAAGAUUUUCCAGCCUGGCUGGAUGCUUUCGUUUGGGACCCAGUGUUCUCUCUCGUUUGGUUUUGCUUGUGCAGAAAAUAGUCUCCAGCGCAUGGAUUGGUCUGAGGGAGAACGAGACGCAACUGUGGACGGCCAGUCUGUUCUCUCUGCGCAUGUCGGCCAACUUCUGUCGUCGAGUCACUGAAUGGACCACCCAUCGGAAAUGCAGACCCUUCCGUCACCACCUGGCUGUUUGCACAGUCGUUCUGUGUCCUUUAAUCAGAACACGCGUGUCCAAAUCAUUGUGCAGAUCUCUUCCCGGGGUCUCUGGUGCCUCGCAGGCCGCAGCUGCCCCAUAAGACAUGAUGUGGUGUGACUGGGCGGUCACUUCCGAGCAGCCCUCCGGGACCCGGAGGAAUUCUCCAGAGCUCGUGGCUUCUCGCCACUGUACACAGUGCGUCGGUUUAUUGUCGGGCAGACGGUCUCAGAUUCCCUCGUGUGUUUGAUGUUGAUGAGCACCCUCUUCGAGCUAAGAAAUGUGAAAUGUGAGAACUGUUUGGAGAGAGCCUGACCAAUUUUCUUCCCGUCUUAGGGAGUUUUCCAGCUGCUGACCUGGCUCCACAUAAGACAUCGCCCAAACCCCUUUUGAAAUAUUAAAAACUGCCACACACAUUUCCCCCUGCCAUUCGGGUUUCGUGGGGAGCCCAAGGACCCUGACCUUUCCAUCACCUCCACACCUCCAGCACCCUCUCUCCCACGGGAUCAGUCAGGGUGAGUGGGUUCACCCCGCUCCCGUGGGCACCCGAAAUCCCGGCUUUAGGCGGCCACUGCUGUGCGUGACGGGAGUCGGGAAAGCCCGGUCCUGUGACGGGGCGUGGUCGGCACAGGCAGCAUUGUCCUUCUGUUUGGCGUAUCUUUCUUUACGAGUGUUUACUCCUUGGUUUACCUUACCCAAGGGUUUUCUGUCUGCUAAAGAAACUCAGUACAAGACACCUUUAAACGCCUGUGUUUCCACUGCCCACGGGGAAGGGUGCCCAGAGAGGAGCGGCAGGGCAGCGCUGCGUUCCCUUGGAGCCCCUGGAGCUGCGGGCGUGGGCGUGGGCGGGCGUUGCAGCUGGAACAGGGACGAAGUCAGCGCCCGGACAGGACCUGCCCGCACUUGUGUUAAGAUGCGGAACCUCCCAUAAGGAGGUCAGGGAGCCUGUAGGUCAGCUACGGCAAGGCCAUGUGGUGUCCAUGGGGUCCGUCUGCAGCUCGCGCGUGUCUUUUUGGCAAGUCAGACGAACACCCAGGCAGGUUCUUCAGUGGCCGCAAGACUAGUCAGGGUAGCUCUGGUUUUUUCCUGGAAUAAGGACCCCAAACCAACAAAAUACUGUUCAUCAGACCUUGAUGUCACUUUUUUAAGUUAAGGUUUGAGUUUAGUUGUGCAGGUCCUGGCUGGCUCUGGGCCCUGGUUCCAACGAUGCUGUUUGUCACGGCUGCUCGGGUGCUCCCCGGAGUCCGGGCUGGAAGAAACCCUGGGCCCUGUCUCCGGCUGCAGUUCGGUUCACAGGCCUGCCGCCGUGUUCUUUUUGUCAGUUCCACACAUAGGUCGCAGGUGUCUGCCAAGACUUCGUGUCUAAAUGCAAAGAGUCCCUUUCUCUAGCUCCCUCCUUUCUGAAAUUCUCCAGCUGUCUGGCCGGGAGGAGGAAGGGCAGAGUCUUGGGGUGGGGUGAGUCACAGUGCCCCACUUGUUUCCCGUUCCUGCUGACGCCACCCCCGCUACCAGGCUGGGGGUGCACGGCCAGGCGUCCCACUUUCAUGUAGUUGAAUUUUAAAUAAUCAGGCUGCUUAGAGGACCCACUUUUAUAGUCGGUAUUUGGGGGGACAAAGUAGAAGGGUUAGAGUGAUGAUACUGAAGGUGUCAGGGCUGUCACAGGCUCUUCGAUGGCACCCUGGGAAUCAAAAGCAGAUGUGACUCGAGCCUGCCCAGCCGUCAGGGCAGAUCAGGAGGACGAGGCUGGUGGUCAGCAUCACCCACUGAGGGGCUGACGAGUGACUGGAUGGCACUGUCCUGCCCAGUGAGGAGUGGUUGCGGGAACCGGAGAAGACCACACGCGGCCAGCGUGGAAGGCGUCUUUAAGUACGUUCCAAGGGAUACUUGAGGGCCGGAUCCUCACGUCUCCAGUCGUCCUCUAGGUCUCCACUGCCUGCAGCUCACCCGACUCGAUCCACCAAUGAAAAUUGACUCUGGAAGAAGUUUGUUAAUUCCACCUGCUCAGAGAUGGCCCUUCUACCCUAAUGAGGUGUGAGCACUCUACUCUGGAGGGCCCUGCAGCUCCAGGGGUCACACGGCCCUGAGGUCACAGAGUGAGUGGAUCUUUCCUUGGACGGGGCCGAGUCGUGUGUGUGGGAGUCAAUGGCUCUGAGUCUGGAAACGGGACACAUCUGCCCAGCAUCAGUGUGCCCUCCGCCUGCUGAUGCUCUUUGCCCAUCCAGGCUGGUUAGUCUAGCAGGAGCUUGUCACUUCUCGGUGUCAGUUGAUGUGAGUUGAGCAUCUUCAGUUACUAGACAGGAAAUCACUUUGUACGGCCUUGUUCCAAAGUCAGAUCUAUACCCAGUGCUGCCACCCGCUUGCAAAGGGUGCAGACCUUGUUCUGGGAGUUCCAGAAAAAUAGCAAGUGGAUUUGCAGGUUCAGCAACACAAACUGGAAUUAUGGUAGUGAAUUCUUCAGAGUGAAAUCAUAGGCAAUGAGCAGGUGGCUGCUGGGGAAGGGACUGUGGACUGAAUAAAUCAUUUAUAAUAGAACACAUUGUGGAGGCUUUCUUCGGAACUGAGUUUUAGACUCCCAGGUCAGUAGACCAAGUCAACUUUCUUAAACUGAUUACUAUAAUUUUUUAGCUAUUUGCAGAGAACUGGGUGGUGGUGUGUUUGAACCAAAUGUAAGAAAAGCUAGAGGAGCCUGGGCUGUUGCAGCAUGGGCCGGCCGGCCAGCUGUCAGGAGGAGUCCUGCCCAGGGCGGCGUGGGGCGCUGGGCGUCUACUUCUUGUGAAACCAAAACGCUGACUCCCUGCCUCCUUGCCCGCAUGCAUCGACAUGCUCAUUUCCAAAGACCGUGGUGCAGGUGACCUCUUCCGCCCAGAGCCAGGAGCAGGUUAGGAGGUCUGAGGGCGGCGGGCCUCGCAGGCCCCCUUCCCUUCAAGCUGCAGAGACUGUGCUCCCUCUGCAGACCGCCUGGCCAGACCCAAGACCGCCCAGUGCACACUCAUUGAUGCUUAUACCAAAUAGGGCGUGUGCGGCUGGGGCUGGCGGGGACCGCCCCGUCUCCGCGGUGGAGUUGGCAGAGAAGCAGCAAUAAGCAUUAGGCGAGCGAGCGAAAGUGCUGUGGGGCUCAGAGGCCUUCAGUCCACUUUCGCACCUUUCCAAGUUCCCGAGGAGGCUACAAAAGCUCCGUUUAUAAAAGAAAGCCAAUAAUGUAAAUAAAUUUAAAAACAGCCUCCAAGCAUGAUUUUUAAAGGGAGAUGAUGAAUGUGAAACCACCCACAGGAUGCGGUCGAGUCUGGUUUUUCUGUGCUUUGUCAUUUCUAUGAUAGGAACUUUUGUUACUUAACUCUGUGCAUAACUUAUUUAAUGUACUGUAUAAAUGAACCAAAACUGGUAAA